GAGAUUCCGACAAGCGAAAGGGAUCGCCCUCCGUCGUGGUCAAAGCGCACUCGGAAGUCGGUCUGACUGCAUGCACAGGGCUGGACUCAGCCAGCACUGACUCAGUCUGAUGUCGACAGGCAUGAGCAAGGGAGCCGCCUAACGAUGCUUUUGAACAACUGAACAACUGAAGACUGAAUUUUCCCCAGUCCGCAACACAACUUCAAUCGUGAACAAGCACAUUUUUUUCAAACAAGCAAAAUUUCUUUGCCAAAUCAGCGACGGUACAGCCAGCACCUCCUAUCUUGACAGCUGCGGCGCUGUGGACAUGACGGGGCCUUUCCGUCCUCUGUUUGGUCCAUUCUGCACUGACAUCCUUGCUGAGCGGGCUACUAAUGCACCAGAAGCGGGCCAGAAGGAAUUGCUCUCCAAUUCCAUUCUGUGUCCCAAGGCACGCUACAAGGUAGCGCAGAAACAGUUGGUGGAGGCUGACAAGCCGGCCAAGCCAGCAGAGGAGAAUCCUAGGCUGGAGAUGGCUCACAGCCAAAGUUCUGGGGACGAGCAGAGCGAGAAGGAACAGGAGGUCCCUGCUGCUUUCAGCAGCCCUGCAGACUCAGAGGCUGCCGAAGAGAAAAUGGAUGCCACUUUGGAAGGCGCCACUCAAAAGCAGGAUGACCCAGCAGUCUGCGGAAAGGCUCAGGUGGAGUUAAGCCUUGUGAUGGGAUUCGCAGACAGCUUGAGCGGGUUCUUGCGCAGCAACUUUUCGGAGCAGAGCCUGCAGGCGGCUGGGGCUGUCAAGCCUGUUCCUCAGAAUGCCGACAGCAUGCAGGCGCUGUUGGCAGGGCUGAAUGAGAGCCUGCCUGCAUUCCCAGCUGGCACCUCCGUGCCCGCAGCGGAUCCCCUUGCCACCGACAAUUCGGGGGCUGUCGACUUCCUGUCUGCAUUCCCCCUCCAGACCACCCAAAGCGACAGCUUGCCAAUGUUCCGAGACUUCUUCAGCCAACAGAACAGCCAGCCCUCACCUACGGGCGUUGCUGAUCAUCGCUUCUUCCAGCCCCAAGCGCAAAAGUCAAAGCUGGUCCCACGCCGCGCAGAGCCAAGUGGUCCUUCCUGCUCGGAGAAGCGGAAAGCAGAGUGGGAGGACCCUGGCAAUGCGGGGGCGCCGGAGGAGUCCGAGGACAUGGAGACAGAUGGCGAGAAGGGAAGCUCUGACAAGGCCUGCAAUGGGAGGAAGUCACCACGCUGCAUGUCGCGUACUGAGGAGCAGAGAAUGAAGGACAGAGCCAAGGCCAAACGCCACCGACAGAGGAAGAAGGUUCAAGAAGCCAGCGACAAGGCGAACAUCUGCCACCUGGAGGCUGAAGUGGAGCGGUUGAGAAAGGCGCUCAAGGCUUCAGAAGAUGCGCAGGGGGAGAACCAAAAGGUGGUAGGGACUCUGGAGAAGGAAGUCGAGCUGUGGAAGACGGCGUACCGGGACCUGGGCAAGACCAUGAGCGACAUGCUCAAGGUCGGGGGAAAUGGGGUCGCGGCUAAGGCCGCUUCCUCUUGAGGAGUCAAACUUAGCAAAUGCUCUGAUAGGCACAGUCAUGUAUGGUUAGGAAAGCAGAGAUGGUUCUUUUCGAGGAAGUCAGGUUAGGUGGUGAGGAGGCAUAUAAAGAUGGCGUAGAUCAGAGAGUGGAAGGCUUAGGAGUAGAUGUGGACUGGCGUUGAAAUAGCGUCUGGGAUCUAGUGAUUCCAACCGAGUGGGUGGCGAUAUCGUCUAGUGGUUUUGGGUUUUGUAGUAGGUUCAAGGACCAUGGUGCACAAGUGAUGUCGGGCUCCGGCUUUUGAGCUUCUCCCUGAAACUUCAGAGAUCAUUUCUUAGUACUCAAAAAGGAGAGCUGAUUCUAGUUGCAGGCUUGAACCAAGAUUGCGAGCUUAUAUUAUACAUACGGGCCUUCAAGUCAAGUUGCACUUGAUGAUGCCCAAGUCAAGUUGCCUAUAUAUUGGAAUGGAA